AUGAUUUCUUCUCAAAGAUGGGACACUGAGUCUGAGGAUGGUUGGAAUAUCGUUAAAAGAAAGAAAAAAAUACAAAAUUUUGUACCAAAACAUAAAGAAAUAAUACAAAACAAAAAUACUUUGAAUAAUAAUGAAGCUCACUAUAACAGAUUUGUAUACAAUUUUAUCAAAGAUGGUGAUAUUGAUAUUUUGUCUUCCACAAGUGAUGAAACCAAUUCUGAUCUUGAGAAUAUAAGUAUAAGCAAUAAUCAUAACAUUACUGAAGAAUCAAAAAUUAUAAAAGCUAAGCUUAUUGACACAAACACAAAUGACCUGGUUUUCUCAAAUUCAACAUUGAAAGAUACUGAAGUUUUACAACUCUCUAAAUCUUUUGAAAGACCAAAUCAUGAUACAUUUAAAAAAAACAUUAAAUCUUCAUGUAAAUCAAAGGAAAACAGCACCAAAGACUGUAUAAGGAAACUUUUUUUUUUGCCACAAAUGCCUUCCUUAUGGUUGCGUAUAUCCUUUUAUACAAAGAAAUUUGAAAUUCGACAAAAUCAUAGUAAUAAUGACCAUCAAUUAAGUUUUGAAGAAAUAUUGGUAAUUUUUGUAAUAUUCUUUUUUUUAAGUUUAGGUGUUUGGAAAUUUUUCAAUCUGAUUAUGAUAGUAUUAUCUAAAAAUUUUAGUUUUAUUUCCAGUAAAGAAAAAGGUUUGUCAGAUUCAAAAAUGUCAAGUAAAAUAAUCACAACUUUCAGUUGGGAAAUUGAUUUAAAAAAUAUACAAACUUAUAAAAAAAUAUGCAUUGGAACAGACGAUGAUAACACUAUAACUACUUUUACUUCUUCUUCUAUUAGCGAGAACCUGCCCGAUGAUAAUAAAGACAUUGUAUCCUUUGAGAGUAAACUUUAUAUAUCCACCGUUCCAAUAAAAUAUAGGACCACAAGUAAACAAAUAAAAAAUAUUUGGAAGCCACAAGGUAAAUAUCUUAUUGAUUUUGAUACACAAAGUAUAUAUAAAAUCGACACCAUUAGUAUUAUGUUAAAUUUCUACAAAAAAUUAAUUAGAGAAAGCAAAACGCACUACGAUCAAAUAAAACUAUUAUUUGAAAAAGAAAUUAAUAAAGACGUGAAAAGAUGGUCUGUUUUAAAAAAUCACAUUGAAACUAUAAGAAACACUGCUAAAGAAAAUAUUAAGACAAUCAACUGGAAAAAAAAAUUUUGGAUUGACUAG